AUGUAUCGUUUACUUUCAAUUAGACUUUUCAUGACUUUUGUGAUUGUUGGUGUUGCUUCUGCAUCUUCUGAUGGCAAUGGAGAAAGCCCAGCCGAAAAUUUAAAAGAUCGCAGCGAUGGCGGAGGGAACCUCUCACCUAUCGAUAUGUAUAGAAGCCUCUUUGAGAAACACCGUGUGAUGCAGCUUGAUGCUGUCAAAUCUAUCCAGACAUUUGGGGAUUAUGCUCAGCGUCACCAACUUGUCAAAAUCAUGAUCCAACAGUUGUUUAAGGUUCUAGGUGAGGGUAAGGUGAACCUGACAGAAUGGGGAUACAUGCCUGGAGACCCAUUUCCUGUGAAUACAACAAUAAGAGACAGUAUGUCCAAGGUGCUGGAAAAUGUAGCCAUGUUUGGUGACCUGGUUCUUCGUCUGCCAGAUAUCACACACGAGAUUUUCGAUAAGAAUAAAGAAUGGCAUCUAAUUCUAGGCUGGGGUGUGUGGUUCUGCAAUGAAUCUAAAAUCUUCCAAGGAAAUAGUGCAAAACUUCUCUCGCUGAUGGCUCAAGAAGUCAAUCUGAUUCCUAAGGAAGAGAAUUAUGUGAACCCUUUCAAGAAUGAAAACAUGAUGAAAGAGCAGAUGAGGUUCAAAGACAGCAAACCAAAAAGUAAAGCAAAGAAAAAGAAGGAAAGAAAAAAGGGACCACGCCUCAGUGGAGGAGGCCAACAUACUGAACUGUGA